UAGUACUAUAAAAGAGCUUCUAAGAUCUGAGUCCAUCAGCUGCUCCUUCAAACGCUUUGCUCAAGUGCUCGAGGAAGGAGUACCUGCCGCUCAAAUACGCAUUUCCCGCACCGCCCACUCUUGGCCUCUAUCUGCUCUCUCGCGCCCUCCAUGGCUACCAUACCAGUUAAUCCUAAGCCUUUCUUGAACAAUUUGACUGGCAAGACUGUUAUAGUCAAACUCAAGUGGGGAAUGGAAUACAAAGGUUUUCUUGCUUCCGUGGAUUCUUACAUGAACCUACAGCUAGGCAACACUGAAGAAUAUAUUGAUGGUCAAUUCACUGGAAAUUUGGGAGAGAUUUUGAUCAGAUGCAACAAUGUUCUGUAUCUUCGUGGUGUUCCAGAGGAUGAAGACAUAGAGGAUGCUGACCAUGACUGAGGAAUGGACUUACAGUCGUUGAAUUAUAUAACUGUAAUCCCAUGUGAAAUCUUUACUUGGUUAAAAUGUUAUGUUCAACGCAUGGACGCGAGUGAUGGCUUGAUUGUUUAGUCAUGUCGUAAUAUUACUAGUUAAUUUUUGUAUCUCAUUUCAAGACCGUCAAGGCUAUUUUCAAUCAACUUUAAAAUAGAUGGAAUAUCUAUUAGCACUUUCA